AUGUCGAACUUCAAUCGAGGUUACGCUGGAAAGCUCCAAGGAUUCUGGCUUCAAGCAGCCAUCACCUUGUGCGCAGCCUGGGCCUUCACUCUUUUCGGAUACGACCAAGGUGUCCUCGGCGGUCUCAUUGCCCUGCCUAAUUUCCUGUCGGCUAACAACAUCGGUGUCCAUGAUGCGGAUCUCCAAGGCACAGUCGUGGCCAUCUACGAUAUCGGUUGUCUGAGUGGAUGCAUCAUCUGUGGUUUUGUUGGCCAGAUGCUCGGUCGCCGCCUGUUUAUCGUCAUUGGGGGACUUCUGAUCUGUCUCGGAGCUGGGCUGCAGGCUGGGGCGCAGGGUACCUCGUAUCUGAUCUCUGGACGUGUCGUUGGAGGUCUUGGAAUGGGCAUCAUCACCGUCAUGGUGCCGGUCUGGGUCGCCGAGACGGCCAAAGCAGCGACUCGAGGCGCCUUGAUCGCGACUCAGCUAUCAAUCGUCAUCCUGGGCCUCACCAUCGCCUACUGGUUCGACUACGGCAUGAUUCGCAACCAUCCCGAUACCGAGGCCGUCUGGCGUUUGCCCAUCGCUUUCCAAGUGGUCUUCAUCCUGUUGACCUUUGCCAUGAUCUUCUUCCUCCCGGAGUCGCCCCGUUACCUCUACGCCAAAGGCCAGACUGCCGACGCCGACGAUGUCAUGUCUCGUAUCUACUCGGUCCCGGUUGACAGCGAGGAGGUAUCCAAGCACCGUUGCGAUGUGUUUGCGGCCCUGGAAGCCGAGAAGGAGUACAACUUCAAUUUCAAGAACCUCUUCUACGAUGAUUCGCCGGUGAACACAACCUGGCGGCUGUGGCUUGGUGUUUUGGUUCAGUUCUUUCAACAAAUGGACGGCAACAACAUCGUCUCAUACUACGCGACCUUUCUCUUCAUCAAUUCUCUCGGCAUGUCGCAAAACCAGGCUGCCAUCACGAGUGGUGGUGUCACACUACUCUUCCUCGGUGGGACUGCGACUACCAUAUACACAAUGGAGAGAUUCGGCCGACGAUCAGUCAUGCUAUGGGGAGCCGUUUUCUGCUCUUUGUUCAUGAUCCUAUUCACCAUCGGACUCGCUGUCAACAACGACUCUUCCAACAAGCUUGCUGUUGUCAGCAUCUUCCUGUUUGAGUUUGUGUUUGGUGCCUCGUGGUGCGGUGCGCCAUGGAUUUACGUACCUGAGAUAGCACCUCUCCAUGUUCGUCACAUUGGCACCUCGAUGGGCGUCUUCACGCAAUGGAUCAUCACGUUCAUCGUGGUCAAGUUUGGACCGAAGGGGAUCCAGGCUUCCGGGUGGAAAUUCUACCUGCUCUUCUGCGUCUUCAACGUCCUGGCCGUGCCGUUUGUCUACUUCUUCGUCAAGGAGACCAAGGGUCUGAGCUUGGAGGAGAUCGACGUGCUCUUUGCGAAGAAGGAGUACAAGCACGUCUUGGAGGCAAGACUUCGGGGUGACGCAGAGGCGGGAGAAAAGGGUGCGGUCGAGAAGCAGGAGAUUACCCAUGAGACAUUCGAGAUGAAGUAG